AUGAUCUUGGGAGGCAUUGCUUUCUACAAGGGCUUGCUGCCAGAGUGGGUGAAGCCGGAGCCUCUGGAUGAUUUAGUUCCAGGUCCCUUGAAGGCAGGUGUGGAGGCGGAUUGGGCGAUCUACAAUGAGCCCAAAGGAGUGUGCAUCAACAUAGCGCCUUGGAAUGCUCCGGCAACUCUGAGCUUAGCUCCGGCGCUGUCAAUGCUAGCGGCGGGAAAUCACGUUGUCAUCAAGCCCCCUGAGCUGGUGCCGACGGUUUCUACGGUCCUCCGAAAGCUCUGUCAAAAACACUUAAGCGGCUACGUGUGGGUUGAGGAAGGGGGCAAAGAGGCUGUAGAAAGGCUCAUUGCAGAAGGAGCUGAUCAUCUAGCAUUUACGGGCGGUGGUGAAAUUGCGAAGCUUGUGGCUGCCCGCUGCGGCCAGAUGUUGACUCCGGUCACCCUGGAGCUCGGCGGCAAAAGUCCUGCCUUUGUUGAUCAAGGGUUGGACGAAGAUAUGCUGCGCAGCGUUGUGCAAGAGAUUUUGGAGACCAAGGUUUUCAAGACAGGGCAGUUCUGCUGUGCUCACGAUUAUGUGUUGAUCCACGAAUCGGUCGUGCGUGACUUUUGCCGUGUGCUGAAGGCCAUGGUGGAGGACCUCGGCACCAGGCGGAAUGUUCGGAUGCUUGGACGACGGCAGUACAACGACAUGACCCGGCUCUUCCAGGUUUUCCAGCAAGAAAUCUUCGGACCGCUGCUGCCCAUCUUGCCUGUUCGGGAUGUGCAGGAGGCCAUCCGGACCAUCAACCAAGUCUCGGCCAAGCCAUUGAUUGCAUACUGUUACACGAAGGAGAAAUCGGCUGAAGUAGAGUUCAUCAGCAACGUGCCAGCUGGCAACAUCGCUGUGAAUGGCGGGCCUAUGCGCAUGAUCUCCAACUACGCGGCAAACUUUGGCGGCACUGGGCCAAGCGGAAUGGGCGCCAGCUUCUGGGGCCGGGACGGCCUAAAAGAGUUCUCCAACAGAAAACAUGUCAUGAGUGGGCGCAACGGGUUCGCAAGGCAGAUGGGGCAUGUGACAGAUUUGCAUGCAUUCCCACGGGCGCCAUAG